AUGGAAGAACAAAAAGAACCACAAACAUCCAAUGCAAAUACUCCUUCUUCUAAUGCUGCUGUGCCACCACCACAAUCAACAACAUCAAUAUCAUCGACAGCAUCAACUCUUCAAGAUGUUGUUAUGGAAGAUGCCUCUUCUUUGUCUGCUGCUCCUACUGAGCUUAUUACAUCAACUCUUCAAGAUGUUGUUAUGGAAGAUGCCUCUUCUUUGUCUGCUGCUCCUACUGAGCUUAUUAGUAAUAAUGAAAAAGAUUCCACUGAAGAUACUAUUGAAUUGAAUAAAGGGAAUAAUCAAAGAAUAGUAGAAGAAUUUCAAUAUCUUUUAGAAAAAAGUCAACAAUUAUUUGCUGGUUUAAGGGAUCUCCCACCAACUGGUGGACGUCAAUGGCAACCUUAUUUCCAACGAACUUUUGAAGUAUACACGAAGGACAAUUAUGGACUUAAACGUUGGGAAGUUGGUGAAAUUGCAUCAAAGAUCGGGCAACUUUAUUAUCAUUACUACUUACGAACAAGCGAAACAAAUUAUCUUCAUGAAUCUUAUAUAUUUUAUGAAGCAAUUAGAGAACGUGCAUAUUUUAAAGAUAUUCUUGACGUUAAAAAUCCAGCAUUAAUGAUCAAGAAAUUAAGAUAUUAUGCAAGAUUUAUUGUUGUAUGUCUAUUGCUAAACAACAGAGAAAUAGUACAAAAACUUAUGGAUGAAUUGAGCGGUCUUGUUGAUGAUUAUAUAAAAAAUUUUAAACCAGUUGAUUCGUUGGAAUGGCAACUAGUGCUACAGGAAAUUGGUACAUUUCUAGAGGCUGAAAGGAAACUGGUUCCGACGACACCAGAUGGUCACAUGUUAUCUUUUCCACGUCGUUUACAGAUCGAACGCAGUCCAAGACAUGAUAAAGAUGGUACACUCAAAUUAAAACUUCAGGAAGCAAUCUUGGUUGGAAAUUAUCAAAACCAAAUAAAAUUUUCAGAAUUAACACUUGACAUGUAUCAUAUAUUACAAUCAUUGGAACGUGAACCAUUGCCACUACCUAAAACACCAGUACCACCUCCUGGCAAUGAGAAAGCUGCAUUCCGUAGAGUUAACCCUCAUAAAUAUCUCCUUUAUAAACCGACAUUUAGUCAAUUAAUGGUUUAUAUUGCUACAGCAUUUAAAGAAACAACCGAUAAUUCAGCCUUUUUACUUUACAUUUCUGCAGAUGGAGCAAAAUCUCUAAAUAAUGACCAAGAAUCUACAAUUAAUGGAUAUAAUGGUGGUAUUGCUACGAGUUCUAAAAAACCUACAGAAAAUUCAGAUAGCGUGUUAGUUAGUUGUUUACAUCCAAGUGAUUUGAAUUUUCCAAAGGUGUUCAAUCAACCUUUCCUUUGUCUUAUGUCACCAACCGAAUAUCCUUCAUCUAUUCCUGACACAUCACAAAUAGGUAGUUUGUUUACAUUGUUUCUUCAUGCACCUCUACUCGGUUUUUCAUUUAUUUCGGAUAUUGGAAAAAUUAGUUCCGAGACAUGGGGAAAAUGUGUAGAUUUAGUGAUCGAGAUUGAAUCGAAGAUCAUUGAGUUGUUUAAUAUAACUAAUCUUGAUAGACCAAUAAAGCGAUUUUUACAAGAUGAUUUCCUCCGACAAUUUCUUGUACGAUAUGUAUUAUGUUAUGCAAUCUUGAAAUCUCAUACAAGUUUUGAGGAAAAGCAUCUACCAUAUUCAUGUCCUCAAUUACCUUCCAGCAUAUUAGAUUCUCCUGAAAUAUUAACUCAAAUUAAAGAACUUGUAACAACAACUCAGGUAGAAUCUCGUUAUUCCUUCCCAAAUUUAGAGACUGAAGAAAAGGUUCCUAGUGACACAGAUGUUGAUAAGAUUGAAUAA